AUGGUUGGCCUCAAGGGCACCAACCACGUGACCGCGCGACUCUUUGGGACGCGCGGGAUGGAACAACCGGGAACAACCACCAGCUCGCAGUCCAACUCGCCCAGCGUGCUCUCCGACAGCAACAAGGAGCGCCCGCUUGCGGGGGUGGUCCUGUGCUGCACGUCAAUCCCAGUCGAGCAAAGAGUAGUGAUUCCAAUUGACAUCCCAGAGGCUUAA